CCGAAGUGUCUGGGAUCUUGUUCUCCCCUUGAUUAGCACUGACAGCUAGCGACCAUAUUCACAACACCCGCGUAAUCAACGCACCGCCAUGGCCAAGCUGCACCGGCUCAUCUCCGUCGUGCUCAGGCUCGUCGCGGCCGUCACCGCGGCCGCCGCGGCGAUAAUCAUGGUGACCAGCCGCGAGACCACCAGCUUGUUCGGCUUGGAAAUCGAGGCCAAAUUCUCUCACAUUCCGUCAUUUAUCUUCUUCGUGGUGGCAUACGCCGUGGCAUGCGUCUACAGCCUGCUCGUCGCCUUCGUGCCGCCCGGGGGCGCCGCCUCGAGAUUGGUCGUCAUGACCGAUGUGGUGAUGGGGAUGGUGCUCACCGGCGCCGUGGCGGCUACGGGCGCGAUAGCGGAGGUGGGGAGGAACGGCAACGAGCACGCCGGGUGGCUGCCGAUCUGCGAGCAGGUGCACGGCUACUGCAACCAGGUCAUGGGAGCCCUCAUCGCCGGCUUCGUCGCGCUGGUCGUCUACUUCCUCAUCAUCAUGCACUCCCUCCACGCGGUCACCGAUACCAUGUGCCCGUGCCAUUAGCUAGCAUUCUAGUGCUAUAUAUACCGUUGAUGAUCUAUGUACCAGGCGGUCGCGCAAAUUUCGCUAGUAGUAUAAUUGUUUUUUUUUUUGAAACAUAGUAGUAUAAUUGUUUGUGUUGUUCCGUGAUUUGUUUUGGUUACGGUCGAUCAUUUCAUCUUCUUCAUUUGGCCUGACGGACGGACCGACAGCAGACCGAGGGCGAAAUGUGGCGAGAUGUUUGAGAAGAAAAUAUUUUUUUUCGUUAUGCCGAUCAUGUCGUUAUUGGUGUUGAAGAUUUGAAAUGAUAGUAUUCUUGAAUUCAUAUUUUGAGCAAGGUGAAGAGGUGUCAGUCCUUGGAAGUUCGCAUUUAGCUCUUGUAUGGAACUUGUCUUGCGUACUGGUUUUCAAGGAUGUCACCCUCAAAAGAAAAGGAAAAUCAACGAUGGUCUGACAGAAUCUCUUUCUCGAGUAAACUGACCAUUGAGCAGGUUUCCGCGAGAAAAAACAACUAUGAGGUCAGGUAGACAGAUAAAAGGGACUCCACACCAUUGUGCAUAAGACAAGGCAGUUUGGUGAGCUAUUCGCACCUACUAGGUUAUGGGCGUUAAGGGCAUCUCCAAUUUGGUUAUAUUUCAUCCUUUAUUAAAGUAUAGAUUGUAAUUCUUUUCUUAAAAAAAUACUAACAUGCUAGUCAACACAACCAAAAGUCCAAACAUGAAAAGGGCUAGUCAAUCCACAUAAACUUGACAAUAACAUGGAGAAAAUAAAUUGUAAUGAUAUUCAUCAAUUUGGAGUGAUAGAGGAAUUUAUUUACAAAUGAAACAACUAGGUCACAUUAUCAGUGCAUAUCUCUCCCAACGUACAAGGGCUAUUACUCGUUUAUUAAAAAGCAGCGCCAGUUCUAGUUUAAACCCAGAGACAAAUUGACAGGAAAAAUCAAAACCAUCAAAAACACUUGCACAUUAAUGCAUACAAGUAUAACAGCAACAACGGGACAAAUCAGUAAGACAAACAAUGAUACAUAUAUAUACAUUACAGCUGCAGCAACCCAUGUUUUUAGAUAGUACAAAUACAACACAAGCCAACGUUGGCAACUCAGCCGUCAAGGGCUGCCCAGCAAAGGAACUCAUCAGAUCUUAAACCCAACCACACCUACAUAAAGUCAUAAACGACUCACUUCUCAAUUAUUCAACGCCAAUGAUCAGACCACUUGGUUGUGUAAUGCCU